CGCUGCUGGGGUCUCCCGUCAGUUGUUAUCGGAACGUUGGCGCUGUCUCGUUGGAGCUUUAAACUGACGCGGACGCGAACGGUUGUCGUUUGCUUUUUGCGGAAAUAAAUCAGAGAGAAAAUCCCCCCCAAACACAAUAAAAGAAACAUAAUUAAACAAUUAACAAAUAAAAAACUGAAAUUAUACAAAAAUAUACAUAAAAUCGUCCGUAGAGCGACAGGAAAGGAGAGUGGACAAUUCCCAGAAGAUAUAUUUGUGGCACUGGAAGCAGAUCCAAAGUUGACUAAAAACCAAUUGAAUUUGCAUACGAUUGAAGUUCAGGUAAAAUCAAUUUUGGAAGCUGGAGGCGGAGCCGAAGACUGGAGACUGGCUGGAGAGCUGUAGUUGUGGUUUGAGUUGCGACACACACAUGAAUAGACUGAUCCAGCUUUGAGAAAACUCAGCGAAGAAAAGAAAAGUGGCACCAACCAACCAACCAACCAAGCAUCUCAUCCACUUGAUGACCCUCUCUGGCUCGGCCAGGAAGCAGCUCUCCUGCAUAGUUGGCUCUCUCCUGUCCAUCCCAGUUCUGCACUUCCUUCAAUGUCACUCGCCUCGAGGAUGAGUGUUAAGCCAAGUGGCAGCGAAAUCGAUGUCAGCCAACGCCAUGCCAACAUGCGGAACCUCUUCGCCCCAUCGCCGGCACAGUUGGCCAAGCGGAAGGAGCAGCGACAGCGGAGCCAGAGCACAGUGUCCCUCCAGAGGGCCAGCCUGGAGAAGGAGUCGCUGCGUGGAGUCUCCACCGGGCAGCUGGCCAGGAAAACCAAUGGGAAUGGCAGUCUUGACGGCUAUGCGAAUGACUAUGAUGGCUACAAUGAUGGCCAGACCGAAGGCUCCCACAUGCAGCGGCUGGGCAGGGGGCGCAGCGGCUCGGUCGCCUUGGGCAUAAAUCAAUUGGCAAUGACUGCGAAUCAAUCAGCAGUAAAACAAUGCAAUGGCGUCAACGUCUAUGGCCAGGACAAUGCAGGCCAUGACGAGCUGCCGGGAGCUGCUAUACCAGGGAGGGCCAACAAUGGCUGGCAUCAGAGCGCAUUUGAAUUGGCAAUGAAGCAGACUCCUACACCCUCUUGGUCUCCAUGCCAGUCACAGUCCCAGUCCCAAUCCCACGGUGGUGGACACAAAAACUGUAAGUCAACGAGCCAGCUGGAAAAUUGUAUUAACAGCGAGCAACAGCAGACGGAGCAGGAGCUAGACAUGGAGAUGGAGCUGCAACAGGACAUUUCUGUUGACUUUGGUAAUGAAAUGACCUGGGGCAAAUCUGCUGAGAAAUCGCUGGCAUUGAAUCACCUGAGAACAACGUUGCCGAGGCAAGAGAAGCAUGGAAGAUUCUCCAAUGUUUCCACAGCUUCCAUUUCUGCGUUUGCUCCCCAAGACGAUGAUGAUGAUAAGCUGCCGCUGCUGGACCCGCAACAGCCACAGCAACAGUGGCAGCAACCAAGGGACCAGUGGGAGCAGCGCGAAAGUUUGCACAGCCAAAGCCUUCGCACAGCGGCAGGGGCAGCGCAGUCCACGCCGCUAGCAGAGCGAUUGCAGCGAUUCCGAUAUCGGCAGCAAUUGCAACUGCAACAAGAACAACAACAACAGGCAGAACCACAGGCAGGGGUUCAGCAGCAGUCGGCAUAUUGGAGCAACAACUCGAACUCGAACUGGAACAACUACACUGAUAUCGGAGUAUACGAUAGCCCCCUCCUCCACCCGAGCUGCCGUCCGCUCGUUGGCCAGUUAUCAGCUGAACAAAUAGGCGUAGCCAAUUUGCAUAAUCAUAACAAGAGCGAAGCCAAUAGCUGGGCAACCGUUGUUGGCGCUUCCGCUUCAGUUGAUGCCCUCGGCCGCCGAUACUCGCAUGACGCCCUAGAGCAGUACGAGCCGCGAGAGCGAACUCUUGACCAGAAGUUACAGCCACAAGAGCUAGAGCCAGACUCGCAGCCAGAUUCGGAGCAGGAGGAGGUAUCGCCACGACGACGUGUGAUUAUCAGGCGGCGCCUAGUGCGCACACCACGCCCCGCAGACGCCUCUGGCAGUGAGCCACCAGUCGCAGCACCAGCCGCAGCUUCAGGAUUAGGUUCUGGGAAAAGCCUGGGCUGGUUGUCGAGGCUGCGUAAUAGUUUCGGGGCCAGCGAUUGGAAUAGUGAAAAGGCUGCAGCACCAACAAUCAGAGCUCUUAAUCAGAAAGACGCCAUCAGUGGCAGCAGCAGCAACAGCUGCCCCACAAAUUCCAUCAUGGCCGUCCUGCGUACUAUGAAGCUGAAGGAGAGGCUUUUCAUCAGCCUGGGGGCCACGCUAGUGCUGCUCACCCUCCUCCUCAUCGUCGAUGUGCAGAUGGACUUUGGUGUGGCCAAUCGCCACCUGCUGCAGCAGCAGCACCAGAAGAUCCGCUACGGCAACACCAAUGAUUACGAUGCCACCGCAGCGGGAGCUGGCGGAAUGCUGCACGAGUUCAAGCGCAAAUUCCUGCAGAAAAGCAACUCAUCUGGCUCAAAGGAGGCAUCCACUCCGGCUGCGGCCGCCAGUCAGAGCGGAGGCGUAACCAGCGGCCAGGAUGCGGCUGCAGCGGCAGCGGCAGCGGCUGGAGGGUCUGGCGGCGCUGCCGGACCCGGCACUGGCUCCAUGCUCUCCACCCGCAAGCCGACCCCGCACGAUCGGUAUGUGGAUCUGCAGAAGCUGCUGUUCACCGACGAGUACUCUCAUGUCAUUGUGGACAAUGCGCCGGAUGUGUCCGUGGAUAAUCCCACCCUGGCCGAGAUGCUGCAUCGCAAAGCCAGUGCCAAUGCCAGCAAUUUGGAGCGCUUCCAAUUGCGCAUCACGAAGAAGGAGCUGUACGGCGAACAGGACACUCUGGUGGAUGCGGUGCUACGUGACAUGAUCAAGCUGCCAAUACAGCAUGUUGUGCAAAAGGAGGGCGGCACCCAGCUGAAAUUGAUCAUUGAAUACCCGAACGAUGUCAAGGCCUUAAUGAAGCCCAUGAGGUUUCCCAGGGACCAGCAAACGCUGCCCAAUCAUUUCUACUUCACGGACUAUGAGCGACACAAUGCCGAGAUUGCUGCCUUCCAUUUGGACAGGAUACUGGGAUUCCGGCGUGCCAUGCCUGUGGCGGGACGUACACUGAACAUUACGACCGAAAUUUAUCAACUGGCCGAGGAGAAUUUAUUGAAGACCUUCUUUGUUUCGCCGUCGCUGAAUUUAUGCUUCCAUGGCAAGUGCUCCUACUAUUGUGACACCUCGCAUGCCAUCUGCGGGAACCCGGACCUGCUCGAGGGCUCCUUUGCCGCCUUUCUGCCCAACUUUGAGUCGGGAAAUCGCAAGGGUCGGAAGCUCUGGCGGCAUCCUUGGCGACGCUCCUAUCACAAGCGGAAGAAGGCUCAGUGGGAGACAGAUGCCCAUUACUGUGCCCUGGUCCGUGAUAUUCCACCCUAUGACGAGGGCAGGCGGCUGUACGACCUCAUGGACAUGGCCGUCUUUGAUUUCCUCACUGGCAACAUGGAUCGUCAUCAUUAUGAGACUUUCAAAGUCUACGGCAAUGAGACGUUUCCUCUGCACUUGGACCAUGGGCGUGGAUUUGGUCGUCCCUUCCAUGACGAGCUCUCCAUCCUGGCGCCCGUCCUGCAGUGCUGUGUGAUCCGCAAGUCAACGCUGAUCCGGCUGCUUGAGUUCCACAAUGGUCCCAAGACGCUGUCGCAGCUGAUGAGCGAUUCACUGGGCAACGAUCCCGUGAAUCCGGUGCUCUGGCAGCCCCAUCUGGAUGCCCUCGAUCGGCGCACGGGCAUCAUCUUGCAGAGCAUACGGGAUUGCAUAAAGAGGAAUCCCCCCGGCGAGGUGGACGCCUCCGAGAAUGACCUGUCCUCAUAGCGCUAGGAAUGGAGCGCGUGGCAGAACCAACAAAAGCAUCCUAGAGCAUUAGCUUACACCCCUAGCUAUUAGUUGCGUGUCCUGUGUGUUGUCCAAUGAUGAAAGGGAAACGGAAUUUAGAGUUACAGUUCGUGGCAAUCGAUCUUUGUAAAAGAUCGGCGUCCUAAGUGAAAUAUCUCCUUGUCGCUCUGUCUGCACAUACCAAAAAGUCAGAAGCCAGAUGCCAGAUGUCAGAAAUGAGAGCACAGCCAGAGCCAAGGCCAGAAAUUAAUUCACUUUAAUGUUAGUUAAUAUGAUUUUCCACCCCGUUUUUGUUUGUGGAGCCACCGAAAGAGCUGGCCAGCCAGCGAGUAGUGGAGUGACCCCUUCGGAGAGUAGUUUAAAGUGAUUUGGGCAUGAAAAUGGAGUACCUCCCCAUACCAAUACAGACACACACACACACCCACAGCAUAGUGGGUGCCAAAAGUACACAAACUAACUUGAAGGCAAGAGUAAAACUAAAGCUAAAGAAAACUGAACUCUACUGAACACUUGGCCGGCGUUCACAGGAAUGAAACUUGUUCAAAAGACUAUAAACACAAAAAGAAAACUGAAACUGAAACUAAAACGGAAGCGGAAAAAUGAAACUAUUUUCUAAAUAUUUAUUUAUAAUUUUUUCAUACAUUUUACACACACACAACUUUGAUGGGCAUACACUUAUCGCGUAUGCAAGUUGCCAGCCCCUACCCCAGGCCCAAUGAAACCCUCCCUCCCCACAAUUCUUAAGAAAAGUUGUUGCAAAUUUAGUUGGUAAGUUAACAUAACUUUAUGAUCGAUAUCAGGCGUAGCUUUAUCCGGAUCCGGGUGGGUGUGUAACCGCCUGCCCUGGUCCCUCUUCUUAGUUAGUCCAAUUAGUUCCAGCGAAAAUCAUGUAUGUACUUCACCAUGUGGGAAACGAAUCAAAAACAAACACACUAAACUACUGUUAAAAAACUUAUAAUGAUUACCGAGUAUAUAACUAAGUUACAUUUGUUAUUUUUAUUAUUGUAACAUCUUUGAAUUGUACCUUAUGAUGUGGUUGCAGUGACAUAGAACUGCAGAAAUUGUUUUGUUGGCCCGUAGACACAUUGUGAACAGAGUGAGGAAAAAACGAUAGACGAAAGAAUACAAAAAUUGUGUUAGAAUUAGUAAAAAUUUUAGUGACAAUUUCAGAAAUAAUUAAUAAAAAAAGUACCAAAGAAAA